GCAAAUUCCAAAACUAAAGGCCCAAUCUUGCCCAGAAGCUGAUUAUCCUCCUCAGAGUGGCUGCGACGUGCGAGCAGGACAGGCAGUAGGAGGUUUUCUGAAAGCUGUGUGCCAUUUUUUCGGUCUUUUGGUUUUUUUGGUGACUCACCAUUUACUUGACUGUGGAGGACAGGAAAAAAAGAUGCAGCAGGAGGUGUGUUAGUCUUGUGUUCUCAAGGAUGACCUUGAAUGCACCACCUGCCUUCUCGGAUCAAGCCGGUGAUGCAUGUUCUGGGCUAUUUUUGUGGCUGGAAUUGUGACAGAGAGUAUUCAAAUCCAAUGAUACUCUUUGAACCUAUGGGACAGAAGGAAAAAAGCACCAAUUGCACCUACAAUGACUACCUUUCUGCGCAUCCAGUGUCACCACAUCAUCCUAAAUCUGUCUAAACUCAGAGUGAGACUCUCAGCCGGACAGAACCAGAGAAGCUACAGGCUGUGAGGACGAGGUGGAUUUCUGAGCCCACUGGUCUGUAGUGGUCCCACCAUGGGGAAGACUGGGCAGAGCACAGUGGACUUGAACUCCCCGUCAGAGGUCAAACAAGCAAUUCCUUUCGAAGAACAGGAUCCUGUGGCGCCCCCUACAGAUGAAAAGAAGAAGGAGGAGCCGCCUGACAGGGGAAGCUGGAAGGGCAAGUUUGAUUUCCUGCUGUCCUGUGUGGGAUACGCCAUCGGGUUGGGAAACGUCUGGAGGUUUCCUUAUUUGUGUGGCAAGAAUGGUGGAGGGGCCUUCCUGAUCCCAUAUUUUCUGACUCUGGUGUUUGCUGGGAUUCCUCUGUUCUUCCUGGAGACGGCGCUGGGACAGUUCACCUCAGUGGGAGGACUCGGGGUGUGGAAACUCAUCCCUAUGAUGAAAGGUGUUGGUCUGGCUGCAGUGGUUCUGUCAUUCUGGCUCAACAUCUACUACAUCAUCAUCAUUGCCUGGGCUCUCUACUACUUAUUCAACUCCUUUGGUUCGGAGCUGCCGUGGCAAAGCUGUGAUAACCCCUGGAACACAGAGAGAUGUUUUUCCAACUACAGUCUGACAGACACCACCAACCUGACCAGCGCUGUCACUGAGUUCUGGGAGCGUAACAUGCACCAGAUGUCCGGUGGUCUGGAGGAACCAGGAGAGCUCCGUUGGCCCUUAGUGGGAACUCUGGCUCUGGCCUGGGUUCUCGUCUACUUCUCAAUCUGGAAAGGAGUGGAGUGGACGGGGAAGGUGGUAUAUUUCUCAGCCACCUAUCCCUACUUCAUGCUUUUCAUCCUGUUCUUUCGAGGGGUCACACUUCCUGGAGCCAUCGAUGGGAUCCUCUUCUACAUAACGCCCGACUUCAAUAAGCUCAUCCGAUCAGAGGUGUGGCUGGAUGCAGCUACUCAGAUUUUCUUCUCCUAUGGACUGGGUCUGGGCUCACUCAUUGCACUGGGCAGCUACAAUACAUACAACAACGAUGUCUACAAGGACUCCAUCAUAGUUUGCUGCAUCAACUCCUGCACCAGCAUGUUUGCUGGAUUUGUCAUCUUCUCCAUUGUUGGCUUCAUGUCUUACAUCACUAAGAAACCUGUGCAGGAACUGGCAGCAUCAGGUCCAGGUCUGGCGUUUUUAGCUUAUCCUCAGGCAGUCACUCAGCUCCCCAUGUCCUCUCUAUGGGCCAUCCUCUUCUUCUCCAUGCUCAUGAUGCUGGGCCUGGACAGUCAGUUCUGCACAGUAGAAGGCUUCAUCACAGCUCUGAUGGAUGAAUAUCCGCUGACGUUGAGGAAGAGGAAGAAGGUCUUCAUCCUCAUCGUCUGCUUCAUUUCCUUCCUCAUCGGCUUCUCCAACAUCACACAGGGUGGUCUGUACGUGUUCAAGCUGUUUGAUUACUACUCCGCCAGUGGGAUGUGUCUCCUCUUCCUCGUCUUCUUUGAAACCAUUUCAAUAUCCUGGUUUUACGGAGCUGAAAAUUUUUAUAAGAACAUUGAGGACAUGAUCGGCUAUCGGCCGUGUCGCUGGUGGAAGCUUUGUUGGAUGUUCUUUACACCUCUGAUCUGCCUGGGGGUGUUCACCUUCAGCGCCAUUGAGAUGACCCCUCUGACCCUGGGAAAGUACGUCUACCCGCUGUGGGGCCAAGUGAUCGGCUGGUUCAUGGCUUUGUCUUCCAUGAUCCUCAUCCCAGGCUACGUCAUCUACAUGUUCUGCUUCACCAAAGGCAGCGUCAAACAGCGUUGGCGGAUGAUGACAACUGCCCAGGAGGAUAAAAAGCCAUCGGGGCAUGAAGAAUUCACACACACAGGGAGCGUGGGCGAAGCUCCUGUCUAGCCAGGAUAGUUCAGCUUGAAAUGAUCUGACGGCCAACACUCAAUGAGUCUCUAGAGUACAAUGUUUUACUACUGUUUACUGAAAUUCAGCUAAAAAAAGUCAAAUUAUGAAGAAGAUGACUGAGAAAUUUAGAGGAUCGAGUAUUUCAUUCUGCAGUAAAAGCUAUAAAUCAACAAUAAACUUGUGUAAAAAACCCACAUAUGCAAUAAACCACUAUGACUGUAAAUGCCCUCCUUGUAAAUCUCGACUACUGGACACAGUCUUUGUUUAUAAGCCUACCACAAAUGUAAUGAAUGUACAGAGAAGUGAAACAAUCUGGUAAAACUUGAUUGUAAACAUAAAACUGUAAUGCAUCAAAGAUUAUUAGUUUUUCUUGCAGCUUAAAGAACCAGGAAACCUUCUACAGUGGAAUAUUUGUUGAUAGCAAUAAAGUAAAUGUCACUGUGGACCAUAAUGUGUUCAUUGUUGGUGUCUUUGCUGAUCCUGAAAAUCAGUGUAUAAUGUUUUUGUGAUAAAAGCUGCUUGUGCUAUUUACCAUACACGUUUCUCACUUAACACAGCUUUGGGAUACUCGUUUAUAGGCUUUAAUUAUGUAUAUUACGAUAAUAGAGAAUUGUAAAUAGAAUUGUGUCACUAUAUUCAGCAUGUUUUUAAAAAAUUCUGUUUUUUUUCAUACUAUGGGUGAUAAAAAGGUGUUAAAACUGCUGUGAUAGUCCUGUGAAAACAAUGCAUCUCCUGAACAUGCUUUUAAUGAGCUUGUCAUUUUUUAUUAGAUUUUUUUUAAAGGUUUUAGGUUUAGCUUAACAAGUAGAAUUGCGUUUGAUUUUUUUCUGUAAAAUUCAACACAAAAAAUUGGAGAUGAAUGGUUUUCUUAGGACUGCAAAUUGAUGUAUUAAAAGAUCUGGCUUGAUGUUUUUUUCUUCAUUUUUUCAUGUCAAUAAAAAUAUACUCAAAUCUC